AUGCUCAGUGCGCUCGUACUGGCGCUGGCGGCGAUCGCGCAUGGCGGUCAGCACGAAGAGUACCUCAUCUUUGAAGACAACUUUGACAACGGCGCCUUUGACCUCUCGACGUGGAAGCACGACAUUACGCUUGGCGGCAACGGCAACCGCGAGUUCCAAGCCUAUGUCAACAGCCGCAACAACUCGUACGUCAAGGACGGCAAGCUGCACCUGCGUGCGACGCUCACGGACGAGGCGUACGGCCAAGACGGCGUCACGCAGGGCGACAUGGAUCUCUGGGGCACGUCGCCGUACUCGUCGUGCAGUUCGCCGCAGUUUGUGGGCUGCCGCAAGACCGCGAGUGGCAUGGACAUCCUCCCGCCUGUCCAGAGCGCGCGCAUCCAGACCAUGGAGUCGUUCUCGUUCAAGUAUGGCCGCAUCGAAAUUGCCACCAAGCUGCCGAAAGGCGACUGGCUCUGGCCUGGCAUCUGGAUGAUGGCCAAGGAUAACAAGUACGGGCCAUGGCCGUCGUCGGGUGAGCUCGACAUUAUGGAGUCGCGCGGGAACGGCCCCGACUACACGGACGACAAGGGCAACCCGAUCGGCAACAACCGCUUCUCGUCGUGCUUUCACUUUGGCCCGGCGUGGAACAAGGAUGCGUACCCUGUCGCGGUCAACGACACGAAGGCGCUGCCAAACCACCGCAGCUACGGCGACGAGUUUCACACGUUUGGCUUUUACUGGGACGAGGACGAAAUGUACUCGUACAUUGACACGCCGGACCAAGUCGUGACACGCGUCGCGGGCUAUGGCAAGCAGUCGUUCUGGGACAUUGGCCUCGCUGCGAAGGCGUGGAACGCAUCCGACUCGUACAACAACUUUCAGGACGGACCGAUCAAUGCGCCGUUUGACCAAGAGAUGUACCUCAUCCUCAACGUCGCGGUCGGUGGCACGUCGAUCGCAAAGGGCUUUCUCGACAGCGGGUACUUUCCCGACGACCGCGGCGGCAAGCCAUGGCGCACCAACGACUCGUUCCCGCACUACAACUUUUACAGCCAAAAAGACAAGUGGAUCGAGUCGUGGAACCAAGGCGGCGACCGCGUCAGCGACAUGGCGGCCAUGCAGAUCGACAGCGUCAAGGUAUGGGGUCUCCGAGGCCUCUCGACCUUUACCAACUCGAAAAACCCCGUGCACCACUACGCUGAACUCGACGCGCAGCUCGCAGAGGACGUGGCGGCGUGCAACGCGUGCGCGACCUUGGCCGACGCGCUGCCCACGUGCAUGCACACGACGACGUCGCAGUGCUUUGCCAAGGGCCACGUGGGUGCGGCUUGCUACGCCAACACGCGUCCGUGCACCGCGCCGACCGAGCGACUCGUCUUCCACGACGACUUUACGUCAUUGGACAAGGCCAAGUGGCAGGCCGAGGUGACCAUGACGGGCAACGCGCACAGCUUUAUGCACAUGAGUGUCGACCGCCGAGAGAACGUCCACGUCGAUCAUGGCCGCCUCGUGCUCACGCCGACGCUGACGGACGCGGUGUAUGGCCCGCUCGACAACUCGACGAUCGAUCUCUGGGGCAGUGGCUUUGGGGAUCAGUGCACGAGCAACUACAAGUUUGGCUGCCUCCAGACGGGCAACGACCGCGAGAUCCUACCGCCCUACGGCCGCGUCGAAGUGCGCGCCAAGGUGCCCCAAGGGCAGUGGCUGCGGCCGGCGUUCCGGCUCUUGCCCAAGUACGACAGCUACGGCGAGUGGCCGCAGAGUGGCGAGAUCACGCUCUUUGAAGGCACGGCGACGACGCUGCACAGCGGCGUGACAGUCGGGACGUUCAACGCUUCGACGAUGCGGCACUCGAUCACGACGGUGGACGACGGCGAGUUUCACACGUACGGUCUCUACUGGGAUGAGACGCAGCUCUACACAUACGUCGACGACCCGAGCAACGUGAUGGCGACCGUCGAUGGCUACGGCAACACGUCCUUUUGGGCGUCGACCGGCGACGAGAACGAGGUCUCGCCGUGGCGGCAUCGUCCGCUGCACGCGCCCUUUGACCAGCUCAUGUACCUCAACAUCGCGCUUCGCGUGGGUGGCAAUGACGGCUUCUUUGCCGACGGCGUCGACGCCAAGCCGUGGACCGACGCUGCGAGCGACCACAAAAAGACCUUUCACGCCGCCAAAGACGCGUGGCUGCCGUCGUGGAAGGGUGCGUCGUCGCUCGAGGUCGACGACGUCAAGGUCUGGGCGACGACCAAGGCGAGCAAGUGGGCGUACCAUGGUGCGUUUGACGCGGCGCCGGUCGUUGCGACCACGAUGCUGUCCACUUCGAGCCCGGCGCAGACCAUCUUUUCCGACGAGUUUGACACGCUCAACAUGCGCAAGUGGAAGCCCGAGAUCACGAUGCACACGGACGGCUUUGGCAUGUACGUCAACCACCGGCAGACGUCGUAUGUUGCCAACACGACGCUUCACCUGCACCCGGCGCUGAGCCGCGACAUGCUCGGUGAUUGGAUGCUCACACAGGGAUACCUCGAUAUGUGGGGCACAGACAUGCCGAGCAAGUGCACGGCGGCGGCCAACGCCGGGUGCGGCCACGUCAACACGCCCGACGACAUGGCCAAGCCCGUGACGCUCGCGGCGCUCCGGACCGCCGAGACGUUUAGCUUCCGCUACGGCAAUAUCGAAGUGGCCGCGACCUUGCCGCUCGGCGACUGGCUCCGGCCCAGCAUUGCCCUCGUGUCCAUGGACAAUGUCGGCGCCUCGAUCCAAGUACUCGCGGGGCGCGGGAACCGGAACUUGACGGACACUGCGAGUGGCGCCGACUGGAGUUGGCGACGCGUCUACAGCGGCGUGUGCGUCACCGCCGACACGUGCAACGUCAAGUCGACGUUCUUGCCGGUGACGCCAUCGCGUCACGUGUAUGGCGUGACGUGGACGCCGGACGAGAUUGUCACGUACAUGGACGACCCGACCAACGUGGUGAGCCGCCAGCCGACGCCCCCGAGCUUGCACUCGGAUGCAUACCUCGUGGUGCGACUGGACGUGGGUGGCACGUCACGCUUGCCGCACCAAGCGUUCCCGGCCGAGGCGACGCCGUGGAAUGCGACCGAGCCGUACCCGCACACGAGCUUUUACGCGGCCAAGGAGCAGUGGUGGCCGUCGUGGGCCGACUCGGCCACGCACGUGAGCGUCGAUGCGGCCUUCAAGAUCCACAGCGUCCGCGUGCAAGCGGUGCCUGAGAGCCAUUGGCGCUACCACCGCCUCGUGGGCGACGCCGACCAGACGCUGGCGACGCUCCAGACGACGGCGCCGGUUGCGCCACCAACGGCGACCGUGGCGUCGGUGACGGCCAUGUACACGGGCCCGGCGACCGCGACGCGUGCGUCAGUGCUCGCGUCCUUUAAGACGUAUCUCCAGAGCGCACUGAUUGGCAACGACCAUGUGCUCUACGGCGCGUCCAAGGUCGGCGACACGGUGAUGGCGACCGUGGCGUACCAGGCGUCGGCGCCGCUGACGUCGAUCGACGACCACGCGCAUUUCACGGUGACGGGGCUGCAUACGCUCGAUGCGUCGGUAUCGAUGGACGUUGAGGAGGCGCCGCAUACGUCGAUCCUGCGCCUCGGCGUGUUUGCAGUGAGCUCGCUCACGGUUGCGCUGCUCAGCGUUGUGCUUGUGCGCUGGAGCCUCGCGCGAUUCCGCCGCCGCAACUACAUGCCCAUCACGGCCUAA